AUGAAUCGCUGGGUGAAAAAGAUUGCCGUUGUGACAGGAGCGAGUGCAGGAAUCGGUGCUGCGAUUGCCAAGGAUCUGGCCAAAGCUGGGAUGAUCGUCGUGGGAUUGGCGAGAAGAGUGGAAAAAGUCGAAGAGCUGAAGAAUGAUCUUCCUGAAGAUGUGCGCCAAAAUCUUCAUUCCGCGAAGUGUGACGUGAUGAAAGAAGAGGAAAUCAUAAAGACUUUUGCUUGGAUUGUGGAGAAAUUCGGAGGAGUGGAUGUCCUGAUCAACAAUGCCGGAUUUCUUGAUCAUUCUGUGCGACUUAUUGAUGAAGAAAAUUCCUCUACUAUUCUUAACACUAUUCACACAAAUAUCCUCGGUUUGAUUUUCUGCACUCGCGAGGCUUUCAAAUCCAUGAAGAAGCGAUGCUUUGCUGGUCAUGUGAUCAAUGUGAAUAGUAUUUCUGGUCAUUCUGUUCCGCAGAAGAUUGAUCCAUUCACACUGAAUGCCUAUCCGGCAUCUAAAUUCGCCAUGACUGCGCUUACGGAAAUGUAUCGCCAGGAGUUUUCCAAGGAGAACUUUGGAGUGAGAGUAACCAGUGUUAGUCCAGGAAUUGUGCGCACGGAAAUGGCGCCUAUUGAUAGUCCGAUAGGCGGGAUGUUUCCUUUCUUGGAGGUUCAAGAUGUGUGUGAUGCUCUGCGAUAUGCUUUGGCGACGCCGCCGAGGGUGAAUGUGCAGGAAAUCAUGUUGAAACCUUUGGGAGCCGAUUAUUGAUACUUUUUAAUGCAAUUGUGACUAUAACAUGAAAAAAUAUGCCUAAUAAAGUAAUAUGUGGGAACCUUUCCUUCACCUUUCUACAAUCACAAUCACAAUUUCAAUGCAAAUUGAUUACUAUAGAUUGCUGAUAAUUACACGAUACACACAUUCAUUGGU